UGUGUGUGUGGUUUUUGAUUGAUGAAUUUCUAUUUUGUAGGUGGUUUGGCCUUGAAUCUGCAAGUAUUGAUAUAGUUAUAGUGCAUAGUUUUGGUUUGCAAUAUAUGCAUGGAAACAAAUUCAGGUUUUACAGUGAUAGGAGCAGAAGCUCCAUCAGCUUGUCAUAUGGCACCAAGGACUAAAAAUGUCGACCAGAUCGCUGGUGGAAUAACGGCUGUCAAUGUUCCGUUAGUUAGCGAUGGGUUAACUGGCAGUACAGAGAAGAAGAAAAGAGGUAGGCCUAGGAAAUAUGGACCGGAUGGGACAAUGACAAGGGCAUUGUCACCUAUGCCUAUUUCGUCCUCCAUCCUGUCGGUUUCGGGUGAGUUCUCAAGUGGUGGAAAGCAGGGGAGAGGCCGAGGCAGUGGUUAUCAGAUUAAACAUCAUAAGGGAAUGGACAUGGAGAACUUAGGUGACUUGGCUGGGACUUCUGUCGGAACAAAUUUUACGCCACAUAUCAUCACUUUCAAUCCCGGUGAGGAUGUAACAAUGAAGGUUAUGUCGUUUUCUCAACAAGGACCAAGAGCCAUUUGCAUCCUAUCCGCUAACGGAGUACUUUCUUGCGUUACACUUCGUCAGCCGGAUGCUUUCGGUGGUACGCUUACGUAUGAGGUUAGGCAAAUUAGAGAUUACCAUAACAUUCCAAAAUAUGUCUAGUUUCUGAUUAAAAUUUAUCGAAUACUGAAUGCAAAGGUUGUUAUUAUUGCAAAAACUGUAGUGUAUCGAUGUCGUGUUUUAUUCCGACGA